UCGCGCAACGGACGGGAUGCCGGGGACGUCGCUGCUGCUGCCGUUGCUGCUGUCGGUGGUGCUGGUGCUGGUACUGGUGGCGUGGGCGCCAGGCAUCGAGGCCGCCUACGGACGCGGGGGCCCGGGGGCGCGUUUCGGCAGGGCGCCGCUCCUCGAGCGCUUCGCCUGGCGAAUCCUCGACUGGAACUACCCAAGCGAGUUGAGCAGGCAACAGGCCAUCGCUAGCGGGGAGUACAGACCGGAGAACGCCCUCCCCGUCGGCAUCGAGAUCUGGCGCGACAAGCUCUUCGUCACCGUGCCCAGGUGGAGGAACGGAAUACCUGCCACGUUGAAUUACAUCCCCUUAGAUGCUAUUCGUGGUGGAUCCCCUAAGCUUAAUCCGUACCCUAACUGGGCUCAAAAUAUCGCUGGAGCGUGUGGAAGCGGACUCACCACCGUAUACAGGAUCCACGCGGACGCGUGCAACAGGCUCUGGGUCCUCGAUGUCGGCACUGUUGGCAUUGGCAACACCACCGUUCAAGCCUGCCCGUACACCCUGAAUGUCUUCGACCUGACCACCGAUAAGAUCCUGAGGCAAUACAGACUCAGGCCCGAGGAUGUCAACCAAAACACCUUCAUCGCCAACAUCGCCGUUGAUAUUGGCAAGGGCGGCUGCGAUGACGCAUUCGCCUACAUGUCGGACGAGCUCGGCUACGGCUUGAUCGUAUACUCGUGGCAGCAAAACAAGUCCUGGCGCAUCUACCACAGCUACUUCAUGCCGGAUCCCCUCUCUGGCGAUUACAACAUCGGCGGCCUCAACUUCCAGUGGGGCGAGGAGGGCAUCUUUGGGAUGAGCCUCUCGCCCAUCGCCCUUAACGGCUACCGCACCCUCUUCUUCCACCCGCUAAGCAGUAACCGCGAGUUCGCCGUGUCCACGAGGAUCCUGAGGGACGAGAAGCUGGCCGAGAGCAGCUGGCACGAGUUCCAGGUGCUGCCUGAGCGCGGACCUCUCGGCCACUCGACCGCCGAGAUCAUUGACGAGAACGGACUUCAGUUCUUCAACCUGAUCGACCAGAACGCGGUCGGCUGCUGGAAUUCCCUGCUACCCUACGCCCCCGCCAACCAGGCGGUCGUCGCCAGGCACGACGAGGCCAUGAUCUUCCCCGCUGACGUUAAGGUGAACCGAGGUCUGCUCUGGCUCAUGACGGACCGCAUGCCGGUCUUUCUCGUCGCCAGUCUCAACUACACGGACGUGAACUUCCGGAUACUGACGGUGCCGGUGCGGGACGCCAUUGCCGGGACGGUCUGCGACAACUCGCCCUGGACGUACGCGGGUAAUCAGCUGUGGUGGGACCGAUGAUGUCCCCGUCGUCGUUAGAUGCGUGGAUCCGAGGAGAUAUUGAUCGACGAACGACAGAUCGCAUGCUUAUUUGGAAAUUGGAGCUUUUCGGCGUAAUCGAACGCUCGACGAUCGCCCCGAGGAUAAAACUUUCUCGCGCAUACUAAAUUAUUCUAAAUGAUAAAAGUGCGCUACUUAUCUCGAGUAUUUUGGCCAAACGAUCGAUCCAUUGCGCACGAAUCUCGAAAAACUUUGCAAGCUUCUCGCGAGAUGGAUAGAUCCAUUUAAAGUUGUUUCAAAAGUUUAACUUUACUUGAACCAGCAUGAGAUGACGAUUAUGAUAUUAUGAGAAUGACGAAACGCUAUUAAUACGAAAAAUCUUCGUUAUUUUGAAAGAUAUUCUGUUAAUUUUGU